AUGUCGAGUUCGGAGGGAGAAGACGAGCCCCUUCCCGACAUUGACUUCAGCGAUGAUAUUGGCGAUGACAUUAGUAGUGUUGCCAGUCGGAGCGAAGGAGAUUCCGAUGGAUCUUGGUCCGAAGGAGAAUGGAGUGAUGAGGAUGGCGAUUACAGCGAUGACAGCAGCUCGGACUCAGAUUCGUCUAGCGAGUCAGAGAAGCAGCUUGGACCAGUAGCCCCUAUUGACGACAACAAAAAUCCAAAGGUCAAGCAGUUUUUCGAGCGAAUGCAGCACUUUUUUGAAAUGAGACGCAACGUGGAAGAUCGAGCUGACCUUAUGGACCCAUCUGAUAAGUUUCGACAUCUGAAGGUCAAGGUACAUUCAGGAGGGAUAGAAGAAGAAUUGGAAGCCGAAGAAGAAGAUGAGGAAAAAGAUGAGAAAGAAGUGGAACCAGAAAUUCGUUGGAAGAAAGAAUAUCAGCAAAAGAACAUGGAUAAUUCUACAGUGAAGAACCUUGAUGAACUCUAUAAUGUUGCGGAACAGGCACAAAAGGAACUGAAGCGCGUGCUGGAACUGAUGCUGGAUGAAGUAAACGGACUGGACGAUGAAAGCAUCGAAGUCCCCGACUUGAAGCCCCGUGAUAGAGCGUAUGCAAAGGCAAAAGAAGAAUACCGACAUCGGAUACCUGGCCCUCCGGAAUCCUGGCUUUAUGAUAUCGUGAGGGCAAGCGUGGUCUGCAAGUCUUUCAAGCAGGUCUCUGAUGUCAACAAGUGGUUAUCGAAGCACGCCCACAUAGUGUCAGGGAAAAAUCGAUUUGCAGAGCCGUCCUUCACCGGAUAUCGGGACAUGUUGUAUCACGUCUUGAUUCCUGUCGAGGGUGAGCUCGCUCAUAUUUGCGAACUUCAGAUACACCACAAAGAUAUCAAAGUGCUGGCGGAACAAUCUGGACUUCCACAUCAUUAUGAAUUCUUUCGAUCUUGUUUUGCAGGUGAUGUGUAUCAGGGAGACGUCUUGCAGGAUCUAGCUAUGAUGAACAAGUAUGGAACUGUUGACCGAAAGCUGAUGGACGUCCUAAUGGAUUCCCAGGAUGCGGCACAGCUCAAAAUGUUUGCGGAAUUGUUCCGGGAAAAGCUGGAAGAGUUUGAUUCUGCAUUGCACUUGUUCAAACGGAUAUCUGGUAUUCAGCAAGGAAUGAAAGAUGAUCGGAGUAUUGCCGAGACAUACUAUAGCAUUGCACUCGUCAUGGGCGCCAAGCAAGAUGUUGACGGUUCAAUCAAAAACUUUAACAAGGCCUUGUCUAUUCAAGAGAAUGUUCUUGGCUCCGAACACAUUGCAGUUGCUGAAACCAACAGUCAAAUCGGUCAUAUGAUGUGCAAAAAGUGUAAUUUCUCUAAGGCCCUGAAGAAAUACCAAAAGGCGCUGCGGAUCCGGGAAGCAAAUUCAAACGGUCUUCUUGUGGUCAUUGAAUCACUCAAAGACAUCGGAUUGGCACAAGAGAAGAUGGGUGACUACCCAGCCGCAGAAGAAUCGUAUCGCAAAGCGCUGGAAAUCCAAGAAUCCUUCCUUAGUGAUGUUCAUCCAGAUGCAGCCGCAACAAGGCACCUGAUUGGUAAUGCGCUAUGCCAAUACGGAGACUACACGAAAGCGAUGGAUGAACAUCGGCUAGCACUCUCGAUUCGGGAGACGGAGGUUGGAAAGAAUAAUCUCAUGACAGCUGAAUCCCAUACGGAUAUCGGUAUUGUUUUGACUGAACGAGGAGAUUAUGAAGUCGCAGAAUGGAGGCAUCGAAAGGCUCUAAAGAUAAGAGAAACACUUCGAGGCAAGGAACAUGAAGAAUGCGCAAUUUCCUUAAAGUACUUGGGCGACCUGCUUUGCAGAAAAAAGGAUUGGGAAGGAGCUAUCAAUGAAUUGACACGAGCUAAAGAAAUCUUGAACAAGGUUUAUGGUAUGGACCAUCCUCUUGCCUGCGCAUCGUACAUUGACCUUGGAAAUGCGUAUCUAUACAAAGGAGAUGUCGACCAUGCAUUGCAGGAGUUCCGACGAGCGAAAGGGUUGCUUGAGACUACCCUUGGUGAGGAUCAUCCAGAGACAAUGGCUGCUUACAAUGCACUUGGUCGGGCUUACACCCUGCAAGGCGACUCAGCUGAAGCUCUGCACCUGCUUCAAAGAGCAUUUGAAGUCUUUGAAGAAAAUCUGGGCAAGGACCACCCAACAACAGCAGCGACUUGUCAGUAUAUUGCAGACGCCCUCCUCGUUAAUGGUAAUUUGGAUGAAUCCUUGGUGCAACAUCGAACGGCACUAUCCAUUAGAGCCAAUAUUUUAAGUAAAGAUCACCCAGACACCGCCGUGUCCUGUGCACGGGUUGGAGACAUGCUUGGGCGCAAAGGGGAUUUUGUUGGUGCCGCAGUUGCCCACCGACAGUCACUGUCUAUCACCGCUAUUCUUUGUGGUGAUCGGCACCAGGAGUGUGCGAUAGCUCGUGUGAGAUUGGCACGCAUCUUGGCAGCGCAGGGCGAUUUCGAUGCCGCUAUCGAAGAGAUGCAGCAGGCCAUUGAAAUUCAAACUGCAGUUCUUGGGAAUGAGCACGAAGACACCGGAAGGAGCUUGUCAGUAAUUGGUUCAAUCCACAGUAUGAUGGAUGACUUUGACGCGGCGCAAAAGGAUCAGAAUUCAGCUGUCGAUAUUUUGCAAGCAAAACUUGGUAAGAAACACCCGUGGACAGUGGAAGCCAAGGAGAAACUUGAAUUGGCGGAAACCGGGACGAAGGAAACAGAUAUAUUUGAGCCUGUCAUCCAAAAGAUUACAGGUUCACGGCCCAGUUUCGAAGGUGGCUCGUUCAUGUCGCCAAUGAGUACCAAGAAAAAGAAAUCUGUGGCGCCAAUUCCACCGGAGGCUCCUAUCACACCUAGAAAGGCAGCGGAAGGCAAGAACGUGCCUUUGCCUGAUGCUGGAUUGACACCUCCGCCCAAAAGGAAGUCGAAAAAGACCAAAAAGGCAGCAGUCGGCGAAGAUGAAAAUGACGAAGGAACCAAAUCCAAGAAGAAGAAAAAGAAGAAAAAUGGAGAGGGCAAGAAAAAGAAAAAAUCCAAAAAGGCAAAGGAUGGUGCAGAUGAUGGAGAGGGCAAAAAAAAGAAAAAAAAGAAGACCAAAAAAGCAGGCGGCGAAGAGGGAAAUGACGAAGGAACCAAAAAGUCAAAGAAGAAGAAAAAGAAGAAGAAGCCAGCAGAGUGA